AUGUCACAACACAUGCCCUAUGGUGGUUUUAAGUGGGUUGAACCUAAACUAGAAGGGUUGAAUGAUUUGAACGAUACAUCACCCAUCGGACGGAUAUAUGAAAUUGACAUUACUUAUCCGAAAGAACUCCACGAUCAACACAAUGAUUUGCCUUUUCUUCCUCAAAACAAUAUCCCAGCUGGCUCAAAAGUUAAAAAACUCAUGGCAAUAUAUCAGUCGAAAAAAAACUAUAUUAUUCAUUACCGAAACCUCCAACAAGCUAUAGCCAAUGGACUCAUAGUUGAAAAAGUUCAUAGAGUAGUUCAGUUUAAUCAAUCACCAUGGCUGGCUCCAUACAUAGCACUAAACACAGAGAUGCGAAAAAAAGCAGCAAAUGACUUUGAGAAAAACUUUUUCAAACUUUUAAAUAAUGCGGUUUUUGGGAAAACCAUGGAGUCUAUGCGGAAAAGAAUAAAAAUGGAACUGGUGUCUAGUGAUCGUCGUUUACAAAAACUGAUAAAUCAGUCAACAUUCAAACACUGUAUUACUUACAAUGAAACUCUAAAUGCAGUUGCAUUAGAAAACAAAAUCAUUGAUUUUUGUAAACCUAUUUAUAUAGGUUUUGCAGUGCUGGAAAUUUCCAAGUAUUUAAUGUAUGACUAUCACUAUAACGUAAUGCAGAAACAUUAUGAUGAUAAAAUUGAGCUCAUGUAUACAGAUACUGGUAAAUUAUUAUUAUUAGUAGUACUUUUAUUAAUUUAAUUUAUUAUUUUAGAU